UGGAAGCUCUUUACUCCCCUCAGUCCCUUUUAUCUUGUCCAGGAGGACAGACCCAGCUGAGCCCAGGACCUCCACCUGCAGACCUGUUUGAAGGAUUUCAGACUGCCCCAGCUCUAAAUUCCAGGUGGUUUGACCUCUGGACGUUUUAAAAUGCCGCUGUCACGUUCCCUGUCCAUGACGUCCCUGAGCGGGGUGCUGCCGGCCUGGGAGGAAGACGAGCUGCCUGUCGAGGACCUGCUGCUCUUCGAGGUGGCCUGGGAGGUCACCAACAAAGUUGGAGGAAUCUACACAGUGAUCCAGACCAAAGCCAAGAUCACGGUGGAUGAAUGGGGGGAGAACUACUACAUGAUGGGGCCCUACUUUGAACACAACUUCAAGACCCAGGUGGAGGGCUGCGAGCCGCCAAACCCCGCCAUCAGGAAGGCCAUGGACGCUCUCAUCCACAACGGCUGCCAGGUUCAUUUUGGCCGCUGGCUGAUUGAAGGCAGCCCCUUUGUGAUCCUGUUUGACAUUGGCUCUGCAGCCUGGAAUCUGGACCGCUGGAAGAAGGACCUGUGGGAGACCUGCAAGAUAGGCCUGCCCUACGAAGACCGAGAAGCCAACAACUCGCUCAUCCUGGGCUCCCUGAUCGCCUGGUUCUUCAAAGAGUUAACAGACCAGCUGGGAGAUAAGCCCAAUGUCAUUGGUCAUUUCCAUGAGUGGCAGGCGGGUCCAGGCGUUAUCUUCUCUCGCUCCCGCAAGAUCCCCAUGGCAACGGUCUUCACUACACAUGCCACCCUGCUGGGACGAUAUCUUUGUGCUGGAAAUGCUGACUUUUACAACAACCUGGACAAGUUCAACAUUGACAAGGAGGCGGGAGAGAGGCACAUCUACCAUCGUUACUGCCUAGAAAGAGCAGCGGUACACUGUGCUCACGUCUUCACCACAGUUUCCCAGAUCACCGCCGUGGAAGCCAGCCACAUGCUGCACAGGAAGCCAGAUCUGGUAACCCCGAACGGGCUGAAUGUGAAGAAGUUCUCAGCCGUGCACGAGUUUCAGAACCUGCACUCCACCAGCAAGGCCCGCAUCCAGGAGUUUGUCAGAGGACAUUUCUAUGGACAUCUGGACUUCAACCUGGAGAAAACCCUCUUUUUCUUCAUUGCCGGACGCUAUGAGUUUUCCAAUAAGGGAGCUGAUAUUUUCCUUGAAUCGCUGUCCAGACUCAACUACCUACUGCGGGUCCACCGAAAUGAUAUGACAGUGGUAGUUUUCUUCAUCAUGCCAGCUAAAACCAACAACUUCAACGUGGAGUCACUGAAGGGACAGGCGGUACGCAAGCAGCUCUGGGAUACAGCUCACAAUGUGAAGGAGAAAUUUGGUAAAAAGCUGUAUGAUGCUCUGUUAAAAGGGAUGAUCCCAGACAUGAACUCCAUUCUGGAUCGAGACGACUUCACCAUUAUGAAGAGAGCCAUCUGCUCCACUCAGAGACAAAGCCUCCCUCCGGUGACCACUCACAACAUAGUGGACGACUCAACAGAUCCCAUCCUUUCCAACAUCAGACGCAUCGGCCUCUUCAACUCAAGGAACGACCGCAUCAAGAUCAUCUUCCACCCUGAGUUCCUGUCCUCCACCAGCCCUCUGCUGCCAAUGGACUAUGAGGACUUUGUUCGUGGCUGUAACCUUGGAGUGUUCCCAUCCUACUAUGAGCCAUGGGGAUACACACCUGGUGAAUGUACUGUAAUGGGCAUUCCCAGUGUGACCACCAACCUAUCUGGUUUCGGCUGCUUCAUGGAGGAGCACGUGUCAGACCCUGCUGCCUAUGGUGUUUACAUCGUGAACAGACGAUCUUGUUCGCCAGAAGAGUCCUGUAACCAGCUGACCCAGUUCAUGUUCAGUUUCUGCCAGCAGUCUCUUCGCCAGCGUGUCAUCCAACGUAACCGAACUGAGAGGCUGUCUGACCUGCUGGACUGGAGAUACCUGGGACGGUUCUACGUACACGCCCGCCAUCUGGCACUUAACAGAGCUUUCCCAGACAAGUUCAAGAUGGACCCCAUGGCCCCCCUGAAGGAGGAGGGUUUCCGUUACCCACGACCCUACUCGGUGCCCCCCUCUCCCUCUGCCUCGGUCCACUCCACCCCCCACCACAGCGAUGUGGAGGACGACGAUGAUGACGAGCCCUACGAUGAAGACGAGGAGGCUGAGAGGGACCGAAUGAACAUCAGGGCCCCCUUCAUGUUGGGUGCUGUGCCAGAGGGCAAGAAGAAGCAACCUGGCGAGUUCAGAAACUGAGAAGCUGCAGACGAAACACAGGUUUACAGUCAGUCACAGUGUGACAUCCUGAUGGAUGUGUAGAAAAUUUAAAAUGAAAAGGCAAUCCAAAGUUUGUGACAAGUUUAGACAAAAUAUUAAAAGGCCUGAAAGACAGACUCCUUUUCUCAGGCUCAGUUAAUUAGGGUGUCCCCCAAAGUUCCAUUCUAGGCCCACUGUUGUUUUCAUGCUUCCAUUUAGUCAGUUUAUACAAAACACGGAUGUUGUCUUCAAUUGACGCUUCGCUUAGUCCCGCACUCGAAAACCAAUUAUAGCGUUGCAUUGGCCAGCUCCAGCCAGGGUCCGUCAACUAACCGACUCUGCUCCAUAGACUCUCAUCAAUGGUUUCAGAUGUUCCUCAUUUUCAGGCUUGUUAAGUGGAUUUGAAGCUCGUCAUAGUUAAAUACUUGUUACCUGGAGAGGUUGGAAGGAAACGUUACGUUGUAACAUAAAAACCUGUGGAGCUAACAUCAGUAGAGCAUGUUAGCAUUAUGAGUUUGCAAUUCUAUGCUACGGCAGCUACUGAGGGUAUACUGAACGUAUAAGCCUACCCAGCUUUACAGGAACAAUGUUGUUCCUUAAUUUCAUUGUCCUUUGUCUGGAUCUCCAGGUGAUGUGGUGGUUCACUUUUACACUUUAGCUCGUGUCUCUAUCUUUAAACCUGUAAUCAUUCUGAUACCUCCUUCAAAAUAUAUUGUAGUCUGUUUUGUCUGCUUCUGUCUGAAAUGGCUUUUUUGUUUUUCCAAAAAUUUGAAUUUUUGUUCAGGGAGUGCAGUUACCUUUCAGUGUGGACUCCAUGGUAACAUAGCUCUGACAGUUUGAUGGAGUAGCAAGAGGGGGUGGGGCUUAGCCAAGGAUCACUUGCUAUGCAGAUGCCAUAGUUAUAUGUUCUAAUGCAAAUGUUAUGUCUGUCUCAAUGGCAAUGAAAUAAA